CCCCAAGUUGUGGAUGACGACCGACAGCCGGGUGUUGUUUAUAUCGGCCACGUACCUCAUGGUUUUUUCGAACGACAGCUCCGCAAAUAUUUUUCUCAAUUUGGGAGUGUUCAAGCAGUAAAGCUGUCCAGGUCAAAGAAGACUGGAAAUUCCAAAGGUUAUGCUUUUGUGAAAUUCCGGUAUGCUGCUGUUGCCAAAACUGUUGCAGAAACCUGUCAGAAUUAUUUAUUUUUCAAUAAACUCCUAAAGUGCGAGUACAAGCCUCUGAGUGAGGUGCAUGAGGACACCUUCCACUCCUACAAGUGGAAACCUAACCAUAAGAAUAAGAGGCAGCAUAAUUGUGCCAAAGACCCAGAGAAGCUUGAGGAGUCGCUGCAGAGAUCCGCCCGCAGGAAACAGGGCAAAUUAAAUAAAUUAAAGGACAUGGGUAUCGACAUCAAGUUGGACGAUGUCAUGAAAGUUCCGGAAGUGGCCACACGGAAACCAAAAGUUAAGAAGGCUGCAGCAGAAGAAGAGACAGCUGAUACAGAGGGUGCCACAAAGGAGAAAAUUGCCACUAAAAAAAGGACCAGACGCUUUCCCAGACAGACAAAAACACCACCGACUCAAACUAAAAGUACAGGAACGAGAAGAAAAACAAAACCACCACCCGCAAAGAAAGUAAAAAAGGAAUAG